UCCGCCUAGGGCUUAGGACACGCCCGGUUCUCCCCGCCUCUGGUGGAUUAAAACUAGCCCCUGGCGGUGGAAGGCCAGCUGGGGAGCCUCGCCCGGUCCAGUCGCUCGUGACACCAGCCGGGCGCAGCGGCUCCUCGCCCCGCCGCGUCCUCGGCCACCGCGCUCGGCUCCUUCUCCCGCCGGCGCGUCUGGCUCGGCGUGGCCCGGGCGGCCGGUGCUGUGCCCGCCGUGCCGGGCGAGGAGACCCGAGUCGGGGCAGAGCCCCCGGCCCCGGAAGGGAGGGAGGAAGGAAGGAGGGAAGGAAGGAGGGAGGGGUGCCUUGGCGUGAAGCCCUGGGUGUGGACGCCGGGACGUGAGGAAGCCGGAGAUGCUGCGGCCGGACCGAGGGCGCUGACGACCCGCCGGCCUGGCAGCACCAUGCCGUUCCCGCCCCUGCCAACGCCGUCGCCCACCCCCGCCCCGGGGGUCCCGGCCGCGCGUCCGCCGCCCCGGAAGCCGGGCGCCCCCCGCAAAGCGGCCGUGCCCGCCUGCGCCCCGCCAGGGCCCUCGCCGCCCGCCGCGGCCGCGGAGAAGAAGAGGCGGCCCCCUGAGCGACCCCCGGUGCUGCUGUCCAGCUCCUGGCCCUCCGCCACCCUGAAGAGGCCGCCGGCCCGCCGCGCCCCGGGCCCGGGCUCCCCGCGCGCCCCGCCCCCGACCGCGCCCGGCCGCCCGCGCGCCCCGGCCCCGUGCGCGUCCCGGCCGGCCGGCUCCGGCGACGGCCCCGCGGAGACCGCCACCUCCGGGGCCGGGCCCGACGCCGCCCUGCGCUUCUCCCUGAGUCUCACGCCCGAGGCCGUGCUGGUCAUCCAGCGGCGCCACCUGGAGAAGCAGCUGCUGGCGCGUGCCCGUCGGGCGGCGCCCGUGCCCUCGGCCGACGCCGGGCGCCCGCUUGCCCCCUGGCCCCGGGCCCGGGCCGCAGGCCUCGGCCGCCGCCCGCCCCUGCCCGGCGCCCCGCUGCUGCCCGGCGGCCUGCAGGACCCCGACCCCGGCCCGCGGCCCGCUGACCUGCGCCCGCUGCUCAAGGUGUCGCUGCUCAAUGAGCGGCACAAGUACGACGACGUGGAGUACGAGGAGGAGGCCGCGGCCGCCGACGAGGGCCUGGUGCGCAAGUGCACCGAGUGGCUGCGCGGCGUGGAGUCGGCGGCUGCCGCGCGCGACCGGGCGGGGCCCCUGGACGCGCUGCCGCACCUGAGCUCGCUGUGACCGCGCCCCCGGGGAGACUCGGCCUCGCUGACGCCCCGCGCCCCUCCCGGGAGCCGAGGGGCCCACGCGGGACACGGCUCGCCUCUCCGACCCCGCGGCCCACCUCCCGCGGGGGGCGGACGGCCGCCGACCUCUCCCUGCCGCACGCCGGGGCCUGCGGGUCUGCCUUGUGCACCUGCGGGCCUCUUCCACGCCCACAGGUGUCCUCGGGGCUCGUGGUGGGGGGGGAUGAGCGGGGGUGAAGGUGCCUCUCAGCUCCCACUCCUAAGGUUCGCGUAGGUCCCGGAGACCCUCUGCGGGGCGCGGGCCCCGGCGUGUGGGUGUCGCUCUGCGGGUGCGCGACGCCAGGUGCCCUGGUCCGAGCAGUGGGUGACAGCCACGUGUGGGUGCGGGGCGAACCAGGAGGGUGGCCGUCUGGUGCAGAGCUGGACACGGUGCUGCACUUAGGAUUUUGUUUCUCCUGAGUAGAAACAUGUCCCGGUGACUGGAAGGUCUGGGGGCUCAAGUGAACCGAACUUCCCAACGGGAAGGGGGAGGGUAGUGACCACCAGGAAGGUCCGCCUGGAGAGUGGGUGCUGUGACGGGCACAGUGCUCUGUGGUCACAACACUGACUCGUGGGGGCUUUCGAGCCCACAUACACACUUACACACGCACUCACACAUGCUUACCCUCACGCGCACUCAGCUCCCACACUCACUCGUGCUCUCAUGCACACUUACACACCUCACACUCAUGCUCCUGCAGGCACACGUGCUCACACAUGCUCACACUCACACUGGUUCACAUUUAUGCUCUUGCAGUGCUCUCUCCACUCACAAAAGCUCACGCACGCGCGCACACACGACUUUCUGAAGCACGGCUGCGGGAAUUGUUUUCAGCGUCUGGGGUAAGGUGUGAGCCGGAGCGAGGCUCAGCUUCUGGAAAAUGCAUCCUCUGUACUUGAAAUGCUGCUCACAAAUGUCUUUUGUGCUACAGAAGGGAAGGGUAGCCAGAGGGAGGGGGCAAAGUGCAGAGAGCUGGACCCACACGCAGGAUGAGAUGUGCCGAGCCAGAGAGCCACUUGUUUAGGGAGAAAAGGGGGGCGUGCAGAGCAGAUGUGUGUUUUCAGUAUUUUUCAUCGCUGUGUGAAGAUCAGUGACAUGGUGGCUUUGUACAGUUGUAUAUAGUGAUUUGAGAAAAGGAAAUUUCUAUUAUUUGAACAAAGGGUAAGACUCCUCUGCCUUUCAGGAGUCACACUCUUCCCCACUAACUCCAGGCUGAUUUCUAGAUUUUUUUUUUCCAUGCAUCUGUUUCACUCGAAGGUUGAGAAGGGGGGAAAAUGUUAUAAUCAGAUAAAGCUCGUUAUAGAAGAGUGUAAUGUAUUACCUCAAUUUUGGACUUAUUUUGUAAAAGUUAAUAACUGGUUUAAUGUUUAUCUCAUUAGACUUUAAUGUGGCAAGUCUUGAUUAUAUUUACAUUGAAGCUUUACAUUUUUAAAAACCAGUUUGUAUUUUUCUUGUGGAGAUCUUUGCUCUAAUCUCGCUCUCUCGGGCCAGGCUAAGUCUAGGUAGACACGGAGCAUCUAAUUUUGUGGGAGCUAGAUCAGCCGCCAGAUGAGAUGCAAAACCAAAUACCCCGCCCACUGAAUAGCUUGCCUCCUGUUUGAAUGCACAGAGCUAGACUGUCUUUUAUUUUAAAUGAGUGUAUUACUACCAGAGAGACAAAGUCAGCAAUCGUUCGGAGGUGAAAUUAAGACACGUGUCUCAUGAAUGCUCCGGGCACCCCCGGUGGCGUCUGCAGAGCUGGGUCCUGGGGGAGAAAUGAAAGCUCGUUCUGGACGUCAAUCAGCAGGUUGAGAGUGAACUGUGAGUUCAAAGUGGGCAGAGUCGUAACUUGGUCUCAUUUGCACUUAGUGCAAAUAUCGGUGAUUAAGAGGCCCAGGGUCCUGCCCAUCGUGACAAUUACAACAUUUUAAAGACUUUCCUAAAGGAAUUGACGUUUGCAGAGCGUCUUUCUGCGUCUGCCCAUGUGUGUCUGGGUCCUGCUGCUGGUCAUGCGUGGUCUUUGUGUCCCUGUGUUAUCCUUUGUCUGUUUCCCUCUCCUCACCCUCCCCGCUUCUCUGGGCUCCUAGCCCCAUCUCGCUCUUAACUGGCAGCAGUGAGACACCAUGCACAUUUUUCUCCCUUGCGACGUCGGGUAGAGUUGUGUGCCUUGUUCUUCACUUUAAAUGCAGACGCGUGGAACAUUUAUAUUACGCUGGUUGACGACCCUCAGUAAAAAGCGAGAAAGGUUCUACCCAUGACACGUGAUGUCUGUUCAUGUUGUAACUGAUGUUUUGAGGAUGUUUUCUAAGUCACUGCGCUGCAGCUUCUUAAUGCUUAAAUAAAAGAGACAUUUGAUGACUGUA